AUGAGCGAAGAAGUCAUUUCAUAUACAAAUCCUGCUUUAGGUCCAUUACCAACAAAAGCUCCUCAAUUACCAUCAAAUGUUCUUGAUUUAUUUUCUUUAAAGGGUAAAGUAGCUUCAGUGACAGGGUCAUCAGGAGGAAUUGGUUGGUCAGUAGCAGAAGCAUUUGCCCAAGCUGGUGCUGAUGUUGCUAUUUGGUAUAAUUCUAAACCCGCCGAUGAAAAAGCUGAAUAUUUAAUUAAAACUUAUGGUGUCAAUGCUAAAGCUUAUAAAUGUAAUGUUACUGAUCCUAAUGAUGUUUCUAAAGUGAUUAAUCAAAUUGAAAAAGAUUUUGGAACCAUUGAUAUAUUUGUUGCUAAUGCUGGUGUUGCCUGGACUGAAGGACCAGAAAUUGAUGUUAAAGGUUAUGAUCAAUGGAAUAAAAUCAUUGAUUGUGAUUUAAAUGGAGUUUAUUAUUGUGCUCAUACUGUAGGACAAAUUUUCAAAAAGAAUAAAUCUGGGUCAUUAAUUAUUACUUCAUCAAUGUCGGGGACAAUUGUUAAUAUCCCGCAAUUACAAGCCCCUUAUAAUGCUGCUAAAGCUGCUUGUACUCAUUUAGCUAAAUCAUUAAGUGUUGAAUGGGCUAGUUUUGGUGCUAGAGUAAAUUCAAUUUCCCCUGGAUAUAUAUUGACGGAUAUCGCUGAUUUUGCCGAUCCAGAAAUGAAAAAGAAAUGGUGGCAAUUGACACCUUUAGGAAGAGAAGGAUUACCACAAGAAUUGGUAGGGGCAUAUUUGUAUUUGGCUUCGAAUGCAUCAACUUAUACUACUGGUUCCAAUAUUGCUGUUGACGGAGGUUAUACAUGUCCAUAA